AUGACUACUGCUACUACUAAGACUACAACUACAACUACUAAUGCUAAUGUUAAUGCUAAUCAGCCACAACCAGCUGAUAAAUCAAGUGCCACACCAAGCACAACACCAAGUGCAACAGGAACCCCCAAACCUUCUGCCACUCAAGUUCAAUUAUCCCAAGAUCGUGCAUCCAAUAUUGGGUGGUUCUUUAUUAAAUCUUAUUAUGAUUUCUUCAUUUCCAAAUUAGAUGAAAUCCAUAAGAUCUACCAUCCACAUGCCUCGAUCAAUCAUGAUGCAUUCCCUGGAACCAAAAAUGAUAAAUCUGACUCUGGUGCCUCAAAUGAUAAUGUCAAAGAUGUCCUCCCUAUUGCUUAUAAGGCAAAAGGUACCGAUGCCAUUAAGGAAACUUUUUCUAAACAUUUAUCAUUGAGGAAAAACAAUCGAAUUGUCAUUACUAGUGCAUGUUUUGAAGUUUCUUUAGAAAAAAAUAUUAUUAUUGUUGUCUUUGGAGAAUGGAGUUCUAAUGAUGAACCUUAUAAACAAUUCACUCAAACAUUUGUCUUGGUGCCAGGUAAAACUGACAAUACUUAUGAUGUUGCUAAUGAUAUUUUGAAAUUUGUUAGUAUUAAUGGUUAUAAGGAAAAGCACGAGCAAAAAAGGGAACAAGAAGUUAAAGCCUCUUCUCAAACUGCCGUUAAUGGCAAUGGCAGCAGCACCACCACGAACAACAACAACAACAACAACAACAGUAAUACCUCUGUUACUAAGAAACCAACUGUUACAACAACUGGAUCUGAGCCUGUCACUAAAGUUACAACUGAAUCUACUCCAAAAACUAGUGGAUUGAAACCUGAAUCAUCAAAGAAAGAUGUUGCCACUAAUGGAGAAGUUAAGAAAGAAGAUUUUGAAAAAACUCAACCAAUUAAAUCAGAUGUUAAAGUUGAAAACCAAGAGGAAAAACAAGAGAAAAUAUCAAACACUGACAAAGAAUUGACAAAAGACGAUUCAGUUAAUAAGCAACUGAAUGAAUCCAGUGUUACUACUACUACUUCUACCACUCAAAAUUCAAAACCAGUUGUUACUAAAAAUGAAGAAUCCAAAGAAGAAAAAGCUCCAUCUACCAAAGAAGAAACAAAACAACCUACAGUUAAAAAACCUCAACCAGAACCUACGAAGCCUAAUGCAGCAGCAGCAGCACCACCACAACAACAACAACAACCAUUGACAUGGGCAGCAUUAGCUCAACAAGCUGUUCCUAUUAAACAAACUACCAAAUCAUCUGGAUCUUCAUCGGCUGUUGCUAAACCAGUAUCUGCUGGUAGUAGUAGUGGAGCCACCCCAACUGUCAAAAAGCUGGUUACCUCCUUUAGUUCAAUCAACAAUUCUACUACAUCACCUGGUCAACAUGGAUCUAAUGGUGGUGGUGGUGGUAAAUUUAGAAAAGAAGAUUGGUAUCCAAUAUAUAUUAGAGGUAUACGUCUGUUGGAUGAAAAAGAAUUAAAAGAUCAUUUGAGUAAAAAAUUUGGUGAAUUGAAAUUUUUUAAAGUCAAUCAAAAUAUUGCAUUAGUUGAUUUUGUUCAUCAAGAAGCUCAACGUAAAGCAUUAGAUGCAAAGGAAACAACUUUGGAUGGUGUCACAUUUGCAUUAGAACCAAGAGAAUCUAAAACCGGUAAUAAUUUCCAUAAUAAUUCCGGUAACAAUAACAAUAGUAACAAUGGUGGUUAUAGAAAGUUUAGUGGCAGUGGCAGUGGCAGUGGUGGUGGUGGUGGCCAAUCUAAAGAAGGUAGUGGCAGUGGUGGUAGUGCCAAAAAUAAAGACAAAUUUGAUAAUAAAAAGAUUAAUGGGAGUGGUAAUAAGAAGAAUCUCAAUAAAGCCCCUUCUUUCAAAUAA